GAUGUACAGUCCUUUAGACAGUGUUCCUUCAGACAGUCACUGGGAAUGUAGUUUUAGACAAUUAUAUACUGGUAAAUUUAGUCUAUAAGGACUGAUACCUGCAGCACUGAAAGAUCAGGAUUACUGUAAAGAGAACAAUGGAGAUGAGUGAGGAGAUUUAUGCAAAUGCAGAAGCAGCAAAUGAUAGAGUUAAUUCGAACAAUAAAAAGCAAUCACAUGAAAAUGUUGAGGACAAUUUGCAGACCCAGAGGGCCAGAAGCUUCAAGCAGUCUGAGAGCUCAGGAGGAGAGGCUACAAGGGGCUGGUAUUACAGACUGACUGCAGUGUGUGUGCUGCUGCUGUGUGUUCUCCUGCUGACUGCCAUCACCGUACUGGGGAUCAAAUUCAACAUCUUGAAUACAGAAAACAAGCAGCUACAAACCAGUUACAACAACCUGACUAAAGAGAGAUACCACUUACAGACCAAUUACAAGACCCUGACUAAAGAGAGAGACCAGUUACAGACCAAUUACAAGACCCUGACUAAAGAGAGAGACCAGUUACAGACCAGAUACCACACCCUGACUGAAGAGAAAGACCAGUUACAGACCAGUUACAACACCCUGACUACAGAGAGAGAGAAGUUACAGAGGGAUAAAGAAGAAAUCCAGAGGUUUUCUAAAAUGGGAUGGAUAUAUUUAAACCCAAGUAUUUACUACAUUUCUAAUGAAGGUAAGACCUGGACUGAGAGCAGACAGGACUGCAGAGGUAGAGGAGCAGACCUGGUGAUCAUAAACAACGAAGAGGAAGAGGAGUUACUCACAACACAUCUGGGUGCCAGAUAUGCUUGGAUUGGUCUGAGUGACAGAGACAAAGAGGGUUUGUGGACAUGGGUGGAUGGUACUCCAUUGAUCACCGACUACUGGAAAAGUGGGGAACCGAAUAAUCUUGGUGAUGAGGACUGUGCAGUGAUUUGGGGCAAUCUGCAAAAAAAGGGCUGGAAUGACCGUCAAUGCUUGGCAAAGUUAUUUUGGAUCUGUGAGAAGUUAUUAUGAUUUAAUUAUAAUAAACAGUGGAACAGAACAGUAAAAUGAUAUUCACAAAUCAAACAACAUUUUUGGACUGGUUCAGUUUGAGUUUUAUUCUAUGCAAUGCUUAAAAAUGAAUGUUUAAAUAUGCUUUUAUUGCUUGUAAUGCCUAAAGAUUAAAAAGUACAAAGAUUUUAAAAAUAGAUGUUUAUUUUUUUGUGCUUGCAUUUAAUUAUUGAAUAAUGUAAUAGUUAUAUUUUUUGGAGUAGUUUAGUUCAGGUUUCAUGUUAAAAAGAUGUUUAAAAAUGAAUGUUCAAACAAAGAAUAUAGAAAUUAAAAAUGCUUUUACUGUAUGUAAUGCCACCAAAGA